CUCCCCUAGACUUCUCUGCAUUCUCUCAAUCCACCAAACCAAGUAAAAGUUACAGGACCCUUUGAUCCAUAUUUCUUCUUUCUUUUCUCUGUGCUGCCCCCUCUUCCAUUACAUCAUAAAAACAAAAGAAAAGGGAAGUCGAAGCUGGAAUCAGAAAUAAACAGUCUUUUAAUCACCACUGUGAAACUGAAACCUUGAUCCAUUCUUUUUUAAGUCAUCGAAGGUGUAGGAACAAUGAGAACAGAAUCAAAGAAGACAUCUACGUCUUCGUGGCCAAAAUUAGCCAAGUGGCUCAAUAUAACGAGUAGUGCUGAGAAGUUUCGCUCAGACUAUGAUGCAGCAACAACAGCAGCAACUGCGAAGGAAAGGAGAAAGAGUUGUUCCGACCAAGAUCGUUACGUCGACGUACCGGAUGAUUUAUCAGAGGGGUGGAUGAUGGAUUCUACAAGCGGAAUGAAGAAAAAAUCAGCUCCUGGCACUGGGGGUCUGGAACUUAGGAUGUUCGUGGGGACGUGGAAUGUCGGAGGGAAGUCACCGAACGAAGGCUUGAAUUUGAGGAAUUGGCUUACGUGUCCUUCCCCAGCUGACAUCUAUGUUAUAGGGUUCCAAGAAAUUGUACCGCUAAAUGCGGGGAACGUGCUUGGGCCGGAGGACAGUGGCCCAGCAGCGAAGUGGCUGGCCCUUAUUCGUGAAGCCUUGAACACCAACAAGUGCGACCAUGAAAUGUCACACUAUUACACCAGCAAGAAGUGUAGGCAGAAUUUUUCGGAAUUCCUCUCUUUAGAUGAGGAGUUGGAUAAUAAUGGAGAAAAUUAUCGUAAGAGUUCACGACGCUAUUGCUUAGCAGCAAGCAAGCAAAUGGUUGGUAUAUUCUUGUCCGUGUGGGUACGAGCGGAUCUUUGCAACCAUGUUACCAAUUUAAAAGUCUCAAGUGUUGGCAGAGGCAUCAUGGGCUAUCUUGGAAAUAAGGGUUCAACAUCAAUUAGCAUGACAUUGUACAACACCACCUUCUGUUUCGUUUGCACCCACUUGGCCUCUGGGGAGAAAUUUGGUGAUGAGUUGCGAAGGAACUUGGACGUCUCGGAAAUCUUGAAGAAAACUAAGUUUUGUCACUCGUUUAAAUCUCUUGUUCAUCCACUCUCUCCUGAAAGCAUACUAGAACACGAUAAUAUUAUUUGGCUUGGCGAUUUGAAUUAUCGGCUAGCUGCUGGCUACGAUGACACACAUGAACUACUAAAGAAGAAUAAUUGGCAGGCAUUACUAGAAAAGGAUCAGCUAAGGAUAGAGCAGAAAGCUGGUAGAGUAUUCAAUGGUUGGAAUGAAGGGAACAUAUACUUUGCUCCUACUUAUAAAUACUUGACCAAUUCUGACCACUAUGUUGCCCAAUCCUCCCAAUCCAAGGAAAAACGACGAACUCCUGCUUGGUGUGAUCGAAUAUUGUGGAAAGGGGAAGGCCUGAAUCAGAUGUGGUAUGUACGAGGAGAGUCCAGAUUCUCAGAUCACAGGCCAGUGUAUUCACUAUUCUCUGUUCAAGUUGACAUGAAAAGCAAGAAUAUAGUUCCCUCUACUGCCACAAUGCCUAUUUGUUGUCCCUUAAAACCGUUGACAAAUUCUUCGUUGUCAUCGACUUGUUGCGCUACGAAAGUCCAGGCAGAAGAGCAACUCUUGCUGCUAACUAGGGCACAAAGUUGCUUAGACACCGUACCUAGGUUUUGAGUCCAUAAGACCGACACUAGGCAGAGAUUACAGUUUCCAAGUUGAUACCACCUUCAAGUAACCACAGCUCGCGGUAUUGUGUGGGAUCAUUUGGAUAACCAUGAUGAUGCACUUGGCUAUCCAUAUUCAUGUACCAUAAGUUCAUAACCAUCCCUGAUGGGUUUUUGUUGGAACUAGGUAAGAUUUUUGUUGGAAAUUAGUCCUGAAAUCAUACCUUGUUAAACACCUCACAACUCCUCUAAUGAAUAUAGGAUAGCUGUCAA